AUGGGGACCAGCUCACCCACUGCUGCGAGCUUGCCUGCUCUGGGGCCGAGCCCGCCCGCCUGGGGGAAGAUGGAGAUGGGAGUCAAUGAAGAUGGAAGGGAAAUUGCUGUGAAGAUUCUUCAUUUUAACGGCUUCAGUGGAGUCGAUUCUGAGCACUUCCAGAAUGAAGUUUAUAGUAUGGGAAUGAUCCAGCAUGAAAAUAUUGUACGAUUAGUUGGCUACUGUGAUGAAACAGAAAAGUUACGUGUAGAACACCAUGGAGUUGCUGAAAAAUUUCAUCGAGCACUCUGCUUCGAGUAUUUGCAGAAUGGAAGCCUUACAAAGCAUAUUUCAUCAGGUAAGCCAAAAAGGUUCGCCUCCUCCUUGCUGCGGCUACGCAACAAGGAAGACCACCAUGUGGCAUUCAGGCUUGUGUCCAAAGGCCAGAAGAUGUACCACACCAACCUGCCCCUCCUCGGCAUUGUGCCACCAAAGUGUACCUACACCAUCGCCCUGAGGAUGAGUAACCAGCAGAAGCGACCACAAUUGGACGGCGAUGAAGGCUUACUGGUACAGAGCGUCGCAGUGAGCCGUCAGCAGUGUCUUGACCAAGCCUCGGUCGUCCGAGAGUUUCAAAGUCACUUUAACAAAGCACAAGAGUCGGACGACGAUGAGGUGCAAGAGCAAGAGGUGACAUUGGAGUUUGUUUCUUCUCCGCCAACUGAAGAGGCAUCAUCCAAGGAAUGGAUUGUGGCUGGUGAUGGCAAUGGCUGCAUCCAUGUAUUUGGCUACGAUGAAUACCAAGACACCACAAGCUUCGAAGCGCAUAAUGGUCAGAUCAUGUCCUUGGCUGUUCAUCCCAAGAAUUCUUAUGUACUGUCAUCAUCUCAUGAGGAUCACCUGAUUAAGCUCUGGCACUGGGACAAGUACUGGGACUUUGAGAAGGGGCCUUGGGUGUGCACUCGAACAUUUGAGGGGCACUCUAAUAAAGUGUCACAUGUUAUUUUUAACCCAGAUGGCACUGACAGUUUCGCCAGCGCGUCCUGGGAUGGCACGGUCAAGAUCUGGGACUGGGGUCUUAACUCUGAUGUGUGUAACACCAUCACGUUGGACGCACAUCCGGAUGGCCUUCUUUGUAUUGAUUACAUCACUGGUGCUGAUCCUCAGCAUCUUAUCACUGGCUCCAAGGAUCAGACUGCGCAGAUCUGGGACCUGAAGAUAAAGAGGUGCAGGGAAUUCCUACAAGGGCAUGCACACCAUGUUAGUGUUGUCUACUGUCACCAAGAGCUUCAUAAGCUAUUUACAGGUUCACUUGAUGGGACUGUUCGGAUUUGGGAUUCCAUGACAUACAGGCUUGAGAAUAUUAUUGCUCUUAACCUCGGAGCAGUUUCCGAUGUUGGAUAUAUAGAUGAGUUACAAAGUUCCAGUUCAGGUUUCCAGAUAGAUGGAAGGGACACAUUUUGUGAGAGCAUUCGAGAUUUGCGGAAGUGUGCCGUGGGCUUGCCAGCAGGCCCAAAAUAA